GCUGGACGAGAUGGCUUCAUUGACCUGAUGGAGCUGAAGCUGAUGAUGGAGAAGCUGGGGGCCCCUCAGACUCACCUGGGCCUGAAGAGCAUGAUUAAGGAGGUGGACGAGGACUUUGAUGGCAAACUCAGCUUCCGGGAGUUCCUGCUCAUUUUCCACAAGGCUGCAGCAGGGGAGCUGCAGGAGGACAGCGGGCUGAUGGCGCUGGCCAAGCUCUCAGAGAUCGAUGUUGCCCUGGAGGGUGUCAAAGGUGCCAAGGACUUCUUCGAAGCCAAGGCCCAGGCCUUGUCAUCUGCCAGUAAGUUCGAAGCUGAGUUAAAAGCCGAACAAGAUGAGCGGAAGCGGGAGGAGGAGGAGAAGCUGCGCCAAGCAGCCUUCAGGGAGCUCAAGGCUACUUUCAGCACAUAGUCCUGAGGACCUUGACCUCUGAUCUCAGCUGUGCCUCACCGAUUUCUAAGGAAGAUGGGGCUCCUGGCAUCUUCACCCCUGCCAGCUCCCCCACCCCCAGCCUCCCAGACCCCGGUGCCUCAGGCCUCCUUCUUAGCUUCCCCAGGUUGGCCAGAGGCUGCAUUAAUCCUUCCCAGGGCCCUGGCCCCCUGGAGGGGGUUGAUGGAUGCUCUCUUCUCUUCUACCUUGCUCCUUUGCCCUUGCCUGUAGCCAGGAUUUGCCUCUU